AAUUCCUCCUCCUUUUCGGUGCGAAGGCGAUUGGCUUGUUCGCUUCGGCCCCCGAAGCCCUCAUCUACCGAUUCCUCCCCAAAUCCGAACCUAGGGUUUCGUCGGAUCCCAUCGAGUCAGGAAUUUUCUGUAGAUUAUACUUUGAGUUGUGAAGAUGUUUGGCCGUGCUGCUCCGAGGAAGAGUAACAACACUAAGUAUUACGAAGUUCUUAAAGUUUCGAAAAGCGCCGGGCCUGAUGAGUUGAAGAAGGCGUAUAAGAUUGCUGCUUUGAAGAAUCAUCCUGAUAAGGGUGGGGAUCCUGAAAAGUUCAAGGAGUUGACUCAAGCUUAUGAGGUUCUCAGUGACCCAGAGAAAAGAGAGAUUUAUGAUCAGUACGGGGAGGAUGCACUUAAGGAGGGAAUGGGAGGGAGCGGUGGGACCCACAAUCCUUUCGAUAUUUUUGAGCAAUUUUUCGGUGGGGGAGUGUUUGGCGGGGGAGGGUUUGGUGGCAGCAGCUCUAGGGUACGUAGGCAGAGGCGAGGUGAAGAUGUUGUUCAUAGUCUGAAGGUGUCUUUAGAGGAUGUGUAUAAUGGGACAUCCAAAAAAUUGUCGCUUUCUAGAAAUGUCUUGUGCUCAAAGUGCAGAGGUAAAGGUUCAAAAAGUGGGGCAUCAGGCAGAUGUUUCGGAUGUCAUGGUAGUGGAGUAAAGAUGGUGACCAGGCAAAUUGGACCGGGCAUGAUCCAGCAGAUGCAACUUGUUUGCCCUGAAUGCAAAGGAGAAGGUGAGGUCAUUAGUGAUAAGGACAGAUGUCCACAGUGCAAAGGGAACAAAGUUACUCAAGAAAAGAAGGUUUUAGAGGUUCAUGUUGAGAAAGGAAUGCAGCAUGGCCAGAAGAUUGUAUUCCAAGGAGAAGCUGAUGAAGCUCCAGAUACAGUGACAGGAGAUAUAGUUUUUGUGUUGCAAGUCAAGGAACACCCAAAGUUCAAAAGAAAGUUGGACGAUCUGUAUGUCGAUCACACACUUAGCCUGACAGAAGCACUCUGUGGCUUCCAGUUUGCUUUGACCCAUCUUGAUGGAAGACAAUUGCUUAUUAAAUCUGAUGUAGGCGAAGUUAUUAAGCCUGGCCAACAUAAAGCAAUCAAUGAUGAGGGGAUGCCUCAUCAUCAGAGGCCCUUCAUGAAAGGCCGGUUAUACAUCCAGUUCGAUGUGGAAUUCCCAGAGUCUGGCGUCCUUUCAGCUGAUCAACGUCGUAGUUUGGAGAAAAUUCUGCCACCUAGACCAAGUAGUCGCUUGUCAGCCAUGGAACUGGAUGAAUGUGAGGAGACAACUUUACAUGAUGUUAAUAUUGAAGAGGAGAUGAGGAGGAAGCAGCAACAGCAGCAGCAGGAAGCUUAUGAUGAGGAUGAUGAUGAACCAGGGCCAACAGGGGUACAGUGUGCCCAGCAGUAAGGCUUAUAAUAAUGCCUCGCCGAAGGUAACUGAAAAUAAAUUCUCGUUAGCACCGGUCUGUUAUGGUUAAAUCUCGGUCACACCUAUACCAUUGAGGCCACAGUGUUUUGGUUUUAUCUCAAACAAUGAAGGUUGGAGUUUGUAUUUGAUUUUUUUAGCGAACAGAUUUGGAAAUAGUAUAUACACACAUUUACACACCGGGCGUGUGCGAAGAGUGUUCAUUGCAUGUACAUAUGUUGACGUUCAUGCAAGUGUAUUCUAGAUGAUUGUGCACAUAUAUAAAUGUUAUACAAGAGCCAUCUGAAACUGUAAUAA